CCCGGCGCACGGGGACCGACGCCGCCCCGCCUCCGCCCGCGGCCCUCAGCUCUGCGGGAAUCCGGCCGGCGCCGCAGCCACCGCGGCCGGCCGGGAAGAGGGAGGCGGCGCGCACGGUCCGGGAGAAGUUUGUUGGCCUGGAACCAAAGGCGCCACCGCGCAAGUCAGCUCCUUUGAAGCAGGCGGGCGAUGAAGCUUAACCUUACCCCAGCUAGGUCUUGGAGGGUUCUGGAGCCAGGCGAGUGGGUGCGCAGGUUACCCCCCAUGGACUCCACUGCAUGGGAGGCAGAGCGGAACUCAUGGUGGGUCUCGGGGGACAGUAGACUCGCUAAUAGAAAGAAAGAAUCGGACCCAGAUGCUGCAAAUGUGUACUUUUAAUAGAACCAUCCAGGAACUGCGACAGUGGGUGGUGUGAGACCUAGCUCGAGGCUGGGAAAUGGAAGGGUAACAGAAAUAAAUUGUGCUGUCUCCUCCCACCCCAUCACCAGUUCAGAGACUACUUACUUCCAAUCUCUUCUAGGAGAGAAGAAGGUCUGAGGAGCACAAGAUGUGAGGGUGGUACAGACGCUUUAGGGGAAUUUACAUCUGCCCACUCCCCACCCCCAAAAAAGGGAGCUAAUGAAAGCAACUCUCCUGCACAAAUCAAGGCCUACAGUUGUUCUCUAAGAGAAGCCAAAGAAGCAGGGCUUGAUAAGGAUGGCCUUAGGCUCUCCCGAAUAGGCCAGCAAAGCUGCAGGACCCUUUCUAAGUAGAAGGCUCUUCACCAGGGGCCUGCAAAGCAGGAGGCAAGAUGUCUGUGCUUUCAAUGGUGAAAACUGUCAUUUCCUGGUCCUGCGACACAAGGACAGGAUUUUCUGAGAGGGCGAUUCUUCAUGGCACAAUCAAGAGGAGGUAGCCACCAGGGUUAGAAAACUCGUUCCCCCUCCCGGAGAAAAUGUUGGAAGUAACUGCCAGGUGCUUUCAUGUGGUUUGGACCAUAAUGAUUUCUAUGAGUGUUCAGAAACCUAAGCGAGGUGUCCUGAAAAAAAAAAAAGACAUGCGUGGCAAUAGAGCAAGGAGAGCGGCUCCAUAUGGACAGAUUUGUGGCCAUUUGUUCCCAUGAUUUCAAGGCACAAUGAGGCACCCCGGCUUUUGGAAACUGUGGACUUGCGUGGCAAUGUUCUUGCUUCCUGCUUCCAUUUGUGUGACGGUCAGGGAAAAGCCAGAAACAACUUGCCCUAUCCUGAGGAUGGAGGGACAUCAAGAUGACAGAGACAAACUUCAAGUUUCAGGCUUUGAUUUGGCAGAGAGCUUUGCUCUGAGGCGUGCAUUUUGCGAAGGUGAUAAAACCUGUUUCAAAUUGGGAAGUGCACUUCUUCUCAGAGACACUAGUAAGAUAUUUCCCAAAGGCCUUCCUGAGGAGUACUCUGUAGCAGUCGUAUUUCGAGUACGAAGAAGCACCAAGAAGGAGCGGUGGUUUUUAUGGAAGAUUUUAAACCAGCAGAAUAUACCACAGCUUUCUAUAGUGAUUGAUGGCACAAAGAAGGUGGUAGAAUUUAUGUUCCGAGGCGCCGGGGGAGAUUUGUUGAACUAUGUUUUUAAGAAUCGAGAACUCCGUCCUCUUUUCGAUCGUCAGUGGCAUAAACUUGGCAUUGGUGUGCAAUCCCGAGUCCUUUCUCUCUAUAUGGAUUGUAAUUUAAUUGCAAGUCGGCACACAGAAGAAAAGGAAUCUGCGGAUUUUCACGGAAAGACAGUUAUUGCUGCGCGAGCUUCAGAUGGCAAACCUGUGGAUAUUGAACUUCACCAACUCAUAAUCUCCUGCAAUGCAAACUUUUUAGCUGAAGAAUCAUGUUGUGACAUAGCAACUCCUAAGUGUUCUGAACAAGACAACUUUGGAAGUACUACCCCAUCCUGGGUGACCUCUCACACUGGUAGAAUAUCUUCAUAUCUGCCGGGAAACCAGGAACUUAAAGACCCGUGCCAGUGCAUUCCGAACAAGGAGGAAGCGGGAUCACCAAGAACUCCUGGUUACAAUGGGAAUAAAGGGGACAAAGGAGAACCGGGUGAAAAUGGCUUGCAUGGUAUUCCAGGCUUACCUGGUCAAAAGGGAGAACAAGGACUUGAAGGCAUCAAAGGGGAAACUGGUGAAAAGGGUUUGAAAGGUGACUUGGGUCCUCAAGGUCCACCUGGCCCGAAAGGAGAAAAGGGUGAUAUGGGGCCUCCGGGGCCACCAGCCUCAACUGGCUCCAUAGGGAUACCAGGCCCCCAAGGUCCACCCGGAAAAGAAGGUCAAAGGGGAAGACGAGGGAAAACAGGACCUCCAGGUAACCCAGGACCUCCAGGACCACCGGGACCUCCUGGGCUACAAGGAUUACAGCAGACUUUUGGUGGAUAUUUCAAUAAGGGAACUGGUGAGCACGGAGCAAGUGACCCUAAAGGAGAAAAGGGAGACUCUGGGCUUCCAGGAUUUCCAGGGUCUGUUGGCCCUAAAGGACAGAAAGGAGAACCCGGGGAAGCUUUCACAAAAGGUGAAAAGGGAGAUAGAGGAGAACCCGGCCUAUUAGGACCACAGGGAAUAAAGGGAGAACCUGGAGAUGUUGGUCCCCCUGGUUUAACAGGAAGCCCAGGGCUAAAGGGUCAGCAAGGACCUGCAGGUGCCACAGGACCCAGAGGACCACCAGGAGAUGUCGGAUUGCCAGGAGAACAUGGUAUUCCAGGGAAGCAAGGCAUUAAAGGAGAGAAGGGAGAUCCUGGCGGAAGACUAGGCCCUCCUGGACUUCCAGGUCCAAAGGGUGAUGCUGGACCUCCAGGGAAAAGCCUGAUAGGAAAACCAGGAUUAGAUGGAAAUCCUGGAGCACCUGGCCCACGUGGACCAAAGGGUGAAAGAGGACUGCCCGGGAUCCAUGGCUCCCCAGGGGACACAGGCCCACCAGGGGUAGGAAUUCCUGGCAGGACAGGCUCCCAAGGACCAGCAGGAGAGCCAGGUAUUCAGGGUCCUCGAGGUCUUCCCGGAUUGCCAGGAACUCCAGGGACCCCAGGGAAUGAUGGAGCUCCAGGGAGAGAUGGAAAGCCAGGACUUCCAGGGCCCCCAGGUGACCCGAUUGCCCUUCCUCUCUUGGGAGACAUUGGCGCCUUGCUGAAGAACUUCUGUGGCAACUGUCAAGCCCAUGUCCCCGGGCUGAAAAGCAUCAAAGGGGAUGAAGGAGGCACUGGGGAACCUGGAAAAUACGAUUCUACAGUCAGGAAGGGGGAUGCAGGGCCACGGGGUCCUCCAGGAGUCCCAGGAAGAGAGGGGCCAAAGGGAAGCAAAGGAGAACGGGGCUACCCUGGAGUACAUGGGGAGAAAGGUGAUGAGGGUCUUCAAGGAAUUCCUGGCCUCUCGGGAGCUCCUGGCCCAGCUGGACCCCCUGGUUUAACAGGAAGGACUGGACACCCUGGUCCCACUGGAGCAAAAGGUGACAAGGGCAGCGAGGGACCUCCUGGGAAACCUGGACCUCCUGGACCCCCUGGUGUUCCACCCAAUGAAGGAAAUGGCAUGAGCAGUUUAUACAAAAUCCAGGGAGGAGUAAAUGUUCCCAGUUACCCAGGGCCCCCGGGUCCCCCUGGCCCAAAAGGUGAUCCAGGCCCAGUGGGAGAGCCUGGUGCGAUGGGCUUGCCGGGACUGGAAGGAUUUCCUGGUGUAAAGGGAGAUCGAGGCCCAGCAGGUCCCCCAGGAAUUGCUGGCGUGUCGGGGAAACCCGGUGCCCCAGGCCCUCCAGGAGUUCCAGGGGAGCCGGGUGAAAGAGGACCUGUUGGAGAUACAGGUUUUCCUGGACCAGAGGGACCCUCAGGGAAGCCAGGCAUAAAUGGAAAAGAUGGAUUACCAGGUGCUCAGGGCAUCACGGGUAAACCUGGAGACAGAGGCCCCAAAGGAGAACGCGGUGAUCAGGGAAUUCCAGGUGACAGAGGUCCCCAAGGUGAACGUGGAAAGCCAGGCCUUAUGGGUAUGAAGGGGGCUAUAGGUCCUGUGGGACCACCAGGAAGCAAGGGCUCCGUAGGAUCACCUGGCCACCAAGGCCCUCCAGGCUCUCCAGGCAUCCCUGGCACUCCGGCUGAUGCUGUUUCAUUUGAAGAAAUCAAAAAGUACAUUAAUCAAGAGGUCCUAAGGAUUUUUGAAGAGAGGAUGGCGGUGUUUCUAUCCCAGCUUAAGCUGCCAGCAGCAAUGCUAUCUGCUCAAGCUCAUGGGAGACCUGGCCCACCAGGGAAGGAUGGGUUACCCGGACCCCCAGGAGACCCAGGACCCCAAGGCUACCGUGGACAGAAGGGAGAAAGAGGUGAACCUGGAAUUGGGCUGCCAGGGAGUCCAGGUCUUCCUGGAUCUUCAGUGGGUUUGCCAGGUGCCCCGGGGCCUCAAGGACCCCCAGGACCCAGUGGAAGAUGUAACCCAGAAGACUGCCUCUAUCCUGUAUCUCCUGUCCAUCAGCAGGCAGGUGCAAAAUGAAGACUACAAAGGAAGAUUUCGUUCCUGGUGAUAUCUCCAUGCCAUUGGAGCUGUCAAUGCGUGCUUUACAGCCACGUGCUCUCAAGGCUUGCGAUGUCUGGACUGCUUUUCUUUUCUUUUUUUUCCCCCUGAUGUAGGGCAGACAUCCAAAGCCGCCAUCUGAAUCCUAUUCUGACGGUAAUUGCAAGUCAGAAUGUUCAGGUGUUUCCCAUCUUUGUUCCCUACGUUUCGCUUUACCGUGGCUCUGAGUUCUACUCAGUUUCAUGUGAUGUGAAAACAUGCAGGUGAGCUUGUCACCGGUUCUUCAGAAGAAGUCACAUGAGAAGUCACAUGAGAUUACUUGGUACGCAGACGACAUAGACUUUGUAGACUCACCAACAUAAUUAGACCUGGAUUUCUGAACUUUCAUUUUUCAAAUUUAUCUUGAUGCCUUCUUCAUAUUUAAAUUUACUAUUGUUGCUUCAAAUCUUUCUGCUCUCCUAAGAUUGAGACAGUACUUUACUGCUGCUGACUGUCCUGUGACUGACUUUUGCAAGAAGUCUACACCAUCCUACAUUCGUUCUAUUUAUACAGAAAAAAUAGGCAAUAAGAGAUGCACUUUUAACUUAUUUUUCAAAAAAAAAAACCUACGGGAGACUCUUUAUCAGGGAGCCCCCCAAACUCAUCAUAGUCAACUGUUGAAAUGAUUUUGUGACUUCCAGGCUUUGAGCUCAAUUUGAAGCACUCCUCGUGGACAUGAACUUACGCUACGUGAAAAACGAAGAACAAAACUGACGCUACGCUCACGUCAAUGUGUCUUCCAGGUGGCAAGAGAGUGGUUUUUCUUUAAGAGGUGUUUGGCGGUGAAGGCAAAGUACCAAGUACUUGACAAGCUUCAGUAGCCUGACAAGACCUUUGUGCUCUUUUAUGCAUUAGUCUUCUGGCUUUGUGAUCCCCAGGACCCGCUAUCAGAGCAAAGCACAAGCUUUGUAAUGGCUGGAGGUUGAAGCGUCAGCAAACGCAUGUGCGUACAUGAAGCACACACCGUCCAUCGGAGACAAUGUUCCUAAGAAAGAGGUCCAGUUCAGCAAAGAAAAGCCGGAGACUCCGUGUGAAGGUUGCCGCUUGCUUCAAAACCAUGCGUUCUAGGUUUGGGGAUUUAGCUCAGUGUAGAGCACUUUACUGUGAAGCUCGUGGCCUUGGGUUCUGUCUUGAGCUCUGGGGGGAAAAAUAAGAUAAAGCAAAUGUGCUCUGAAAGGAAGCAAAAUUCCGGCGGGCUUAACUGAAUUACCUAACUUUUUUUUUGUUACUUCCUACUUACUCAUUGUUUGGAGAAACUUUUUGUGGGAAACAACUGACUUUUCUAGAAUAUUUAGCACAAGGAUGUUGUUGGGAUCUAGCUGGUUGGAUCCCACAGAAGCUGAGCAUGCACCACCAGAGCCCUCCGGUCACAGGGACUAGUUGACACCUCAAGAAGCAGCACAUAUUCCACAGGAUAGGGUGAUGCCUGAUGCUUUCUGUCUAUUAGUUGAAACAAUGAGUUUAGAAAGGCAAGCCCACUCAGAGUGGGGAAAGCUGUGAAUGGUUUUCCUGGGAAGCAUACCUGCCAUACGGCAGUUUUUUUUUUAAUGCACCCAUGAUUUGAACUGGCUUUCAUUACAAAUAGAUGAGCCGCUGGCCAGGUACUGCCAACAUGGCUGUGCAUAAAUAUAGGUUUUUAGGUCUUUAAUAUUGAGUUUUACUGUAUAUUUCGACCCAAGUUUAUUUAUUUUCCAAGUCUACUUUAUUUAUUUUCAAUGUUUUAAGCACUGUAUUGCUUAUUCCUUUAUUUUCUUUCUUAUGCAAUACCUUCGAUGGUGCUGUGUUUUAAACUCACAAAAUUGGAAUAUGCAAACAUUUGCAUAUGUAUCUUCAUAAUCAAAUGAUAAUUUACCCCCCCAAAUGUACAUAAGGUGAAAAGAUGGUGCUAUGUGUAUAUUUUGAGCUUUCAAUUUGUUGAAUUUUCUGAGAACUUACCUGGUACAUAUUAAUUUACUUGAAUUUGCUGUAAAGCUAAGACUUUUUAUAUGUUUUCAAAGAUUAUUUUUCAUAUUAAUUGACAGGCUAUUUAUCCUUUUGCCUUUUGGCUUAUGCAAAAAUAUUCAUUUUGUAAUUUUAAUGUUUUCCUGAACAUUUGGCUGGUGAUCAGUGCAUUUGGGGGUUUCUUGGUUGGUCAAUUCAUAUGUAUAAAAAAGAUGCAGUUCAUUUUCUUGUUUUGUAAAUUAUAUUCACUUGUACUCACUUGAGUUCCACAGAACAGAAACCUUUCUUACAAACUGUAUAGCUAUUAUUCUUCCUUUUUCUAAUUUCUGUGAAUGUAUGACUGGCUUGUUCCUGUUUCAGGGAUUUAGAUUUGUUCACGUAACUUGAGGAGUGUGGGAGAUAAAAUAUGUUACAUGGUAACUAUUGAGAAGUGGCCUGUCACCAUGAUUCAAGCUCAUUUUUUAAAAAAACUGGGCCAUGUGACUAAGUCUGGCAUAACUAGAGAGAUGGGACUGUGAUUAUAUAGCACAACCCCUCAAUCUACUGUUAUUUAUCUUGAAAAUGUUUUUUUUCUCUUCCUCAGCUCUGUUCAUAACAAAGGGCUACAAUGAAUACUUGGUCUAGAUAACAUAACAAAGAGAUUGGCAGAUACUCAACCCUUCAUAAAAAUAAACAGGAUAAUUUUGUCCCCAAAGUAGGAUAGGAAAUGUCCCUCUAAAUAAUCAUUGGCCUCAUUAAAAUAAAAAAAAGCUAUUUAGUUCAGUAUAGCAAGAGAGAAGAAUUACUACUUUUGUCUCAUUUAAUAAUUGCAGGCUAUCAUGACAAUAUUAGAACUGACUGUUUUCAAUAAACAAGUCCUAAAUUUUAUGCCAGUUCAGUUAGCAAUUUUUGGUAGAAAUAUUCCUAUGUAGAGAUCUAGUCUCAGUUAAAUUUUCUUAGAAUCAAAAGAAAAGAGAGAAGAGUGACCUGGGCAUGUGCCCACCGUUGUUGCUAACUGAGAGCUUUAGCCACUACUUCUAACCACAGCACGAGCACAGUCAGUCUUGAGUUUUUCAACGUCUUGCUUUGACAAGAGCUGUUUAAUGACUUCAAUUUCUUGUGGGGUUUUUUCCUGUAUUUCAUGAUACAGUUUGAAAAUUUAAAAUUUGCUGACUUAUAGCACUUAAGGAAUUAUUUCAUGAUAUACUGCCUGUACAAAUUGCCACUUGAUGUUGAGUUUAUGAAACAAUUUCUAUGGCUAUGUCUUAGGCAGUUAAUAAGGUUUAGCUCUCCUGCUUCUGCAGCCUUCCCCAUUUCUGAGAAGCUUACAAUAUGCCUCCCUUUGUCCACAAGACGGUGUUUGAGGCAAUUUUUUCAGAACUGAGCAGACUCACAGAAGCCUGAAACCUAGAAUAGUUUGGUGGACAGCUAAAUCAGACAUUGGCCUUUGCACUUUCUUUGUUUUGUAAGUACUUUGUAAAUUAUAUUUCAUUUAGUUCAUCUGUGGUUUUCAGAACUUUCCAUAUCUUUGUGAGGCAGGCACACAUCCUUUGAUUUGUUGGUUGUUUUCUUUUUAUUUAUUUACUAUGUAUAUACCCAUAUGCAACAUGAAAAUUUGCUAUAAGGUUGUUUUAUGCUACUAUUGUAUUUUAGUGACUAAUGUGCAUACACCUAAGUAUUCAUCCUCCCUUGCAGUCAGGGCAGAUAUUCUUUUGACAAAUGAAACACGUUUAACUUAACACAAAUGGUAGACAAUGUCUGAACUCAUUAUUGCUUAAGAUAAAUUUUGCAAUUAAAUUUGUGCAAUGUCUAUUUUUCUAGAAAUAUGUCAUUAUUUUAAAAAAACAAGUAAGAACACUAAUUUUCAAAUUGUCAUCUUCUUUUUUUUUGAUGCCAUCCUUUUUCUAGCAUUGGUAUUGCUAUCCCAAGACUGAGAAUUGGGCAGAGUGAUGUUGAGGUUAUUUGAAUGACAUUUGCUCUUGUUCUUAAAUCAUUUUCUACACUGGUCUAGACUUAUCUACCAUAUGAAAACACAUGGUGUUUUCUCUCCUGGUUUCAGAGCAUGGCAUACACUCCCUUUUUAUUCCUCUUCUCUCGGAGAUUAAACAGUCCAGGAGAGUUUAAUUAUCACCCUUUAAGUCGUGUGCAUCAGAGUAAUGUUGUAGCCCAUUGGUUUGUAUUUCUUCAUCAGUCAGUGUGUAAAGUAGCAUUCGUUAUAUUAAAUUUGUUCAAUGAGUGGGAGUUACAGGACACAGAAAGAGAGGUUAUUUCUGUUUUCAUUUACUAAUGUAACUGGGGCUAUCAUAUCAACAUUUCACUGAACAAAAUCAGGUAGAAAACUAACUGCAUCAGUUUGGUUAAAUUUAAUGCAGCUCCAAGUAGACACAGAACAUUAAUUCAAAAAACUAGACUAGCAAGAAAAUAAUUCAAAAGGAGAAAUGAAAUUUAGUCUGGCAAGGAACAGCUACAUGAAAAAAUGUUCAAGUUCAAUUCCAGUAGUAAUAUAUAUGGUGUGACUCAAAAAGUCAGCUACCUGCUUCACAGAUUUGUCCAAAGUGAAUGCUAGUAAUUUAGGCAUCACUAAACUGAGGACUAACUACUCAAAAUGUAACACAAGACUGGGUGUUACCUGACCGUAACAAGCUUACAAACAUAAAGAUGCAAUUUUACAACUUUUUAUUUUGCCUUGAUACUUAAGGUAUAUUUAGAGGAGAAAUACUUGUAGUGAAUUUGAAUUCAGAUUGUGUUAUGUAAUACUUUGUAACUAUUUAUUUUAAAAAUAAUAUUUGGGAUAUAAUUUUCUCCAUUUUGUGUGUUCUCUAUCUUACCUCAUCAGCUAUUUAAAGUUUAAUUUUAUUACACUCACAUUAAGCGAUCUGCUACUCACUUUAUUAUAAAUCCCAGUGAAUAGAUGGUUGCAGGUCUUGGUUCCUCUAGCUUUAUUAUGCAUCAUGAACAUCUUGCCUCUCUCAGCAAUAAAGGAAUCGACUCUAAAUCAGGGAACUAUAAGGUGCAAUUCUUAACACUGUGUCUCCGCUUUAGUCCUUCUCAGUGGUCAGAGUUCCAUCAUGGUUCUACUCUAUUAGGUUUUAGCCACACUGAGCCUUCACAAUCACUCUCACACCAAGAGCAAGCCUCACAACAUCCAGGGACCCUGAGACUGGUCUACUAUAAGGCUUAGUUUGAGUUUAUAAUCUACUUCUCUGGUAGCCUAUGAAAAGCUCAGUAUAUUUCAGAUGAUAAUUAUACACAGAAAUGAAAGUCCUAGUGAACUCAAAAUGAUGCUCUCUUCUGACAGAUUAAAAUCAAGUCAGAUUCUUGACUAGAAAGAACUCUUAAAAGGCUGAGAAGCAUCAUGAUUAGCUUUCCUUAUAUAAUAAGUCCCUUAGUGUGUGUGGCAAUACGUACUUAAAUACAUAGUAUGUUUUCUAGCAGAAGUCAAUUAUAUCAAAAUAUGCCAUUGACUUCAUAUGUCUUUAUGGACUAGCUAAUGACUUAAACAGUUCUUAAGUAUUCUUAUCUUCAUAGUCCCUUAUGGUAAAUUAAGUGGGUGCUUUCUAAAGAAUACUGUUGUCUUCUCAUAUGCAACUGUGAACUUGGAGACCAAAUAAGACACAUCAAAAUAGACUUGAAAAGAAGACACAAAUCCCAGAAAGUUUCUUGGAGUCAAUUUCCCCCUAUUUGUUCUCUCCCAUUACUAAUGUAGAAUGAAAGGCAGUAUGCAAAAGCAUGGGAAACAAAAAGUUCGUUUAAUAAAUUGGCAUUUAUUAAGACUACAGAUAUUUAUCAGACAGCAUCCUCUUUCCAAUAAGCAGAUCUAUCGAACACAUUACAGUUCUUUGAAUAGCCUUCUAACUACCAUUUGAGCAUGUGUGUUAUAUAUACAGUAUUAUAACCAGCCAAUUUGUAUUUAAUAUUUACUGAGCCAUUGGUACUUAAUGUUCAACAUCACAAGUUCACUAAAAACACAUCUGGAAAGUAUUUUAUUACAUAAAUAUUAUAACCUGUAAGUCUUAAGCACAAACACUAUCUUACAGUUUUAAAAAUAUUUAUGGCCAUUUUCCAUUUGUACCAAAUUAAAUAACUCACUAGCAUUUCAUCUUUAGUGCUGUUUUUAUACUCCCUUUCCCAGGGUUACCAACAUGCUGAAAGGCAAUUCUCUUGAUAUUUGAAAAUUUUUGUAUCAUGAGAGAUGUCCCACCAAUAUUGGUUAAUUUUAAACCUGGAGAUUUUAUACCUCAGAAACACUAUAUCUUCAAAAUUAAAUAAUCACAUCACAGGUGAUCUUUGAAGCACAGAUUUAAAUUAAGCACAUUUUGAGUCAGAUCUGAUAAUGUUUAAGGACAGGAAUAUUGGUUAAACCAGCUUGAAAUAUACAAAGUAUUUCAUGUCGGUCACCAAAUGAUAUGACUACUCACUCAUAUUCUUCUGACACACAAAAAACAGUUACAGUGAGUUUAUGUGCUCAGAUUGGAAAAUAAUUUUCAUACCUCUUAACCAAACUGUUGGCUAUUUGGAAUAAGCAUCAAAUCAUACCGCCAUGGGAGCACUGAGUAGAAAUAAAUCAGAAACCAUUUGCUCUUGACUAAUAUGCCAGUUUCUACGCAACUUCAAUCACCUACACAUUCCCCUCUUAAGUUCUCUGAUGGACACUAUCCAACUUUAAAACCACAUCAAAGACCUGGAGAUCUCUAUUUUGCUAGGGAUGCAUCCCAGGUCGGCCUGGGUUUAGCAGCUAUCUUUCAUGGAGAGCAUUCACUAAGCACUUUUCUUUGCAAGUUUUUCAACAAAUAUUAGUGCUUAACUGCAAUAUACAGUGAGUUGGUUGUUCCUGCCAUUUGAGAUGUGCUAGUUUUGCAUAAGCUAUCUGUAAGUGGCCGUUCUCACCAUUACUUACCGUAUCUGUGGAUCUUGUUGUAAAGCCUCAGUAUGCAUCGGGUUUGUGUAACAGUUGGGUGAACUGAUAUCUGAAAUUUAAUUUUUUGUAUUUCUUAUGACUAUGAUAUUAUUGGGCUGAGGAACAUGUUUAAUUACUUGAUUUUUCUUUCCCCGUAUUUGCUUAUGUCACUCCAAUUAAAAUAAAAGCACCUUGAUGAAAA